AUGAACAUCACACUGCUAUUUGAUUAUUUUCAUUAUCCUAUAAGUAAAACAAAACCAUAUACUCAAUAUCGAAAGUAUGUCACUUGUAAAUAUUCAAUAAUCUUUAAUAUCAUAUUAAUCUUAUAUCUUAUUGCCAUUGCCAUUUAUAAAUUAUUAAUUCGAAGAGGUUAUAAUUUAACAGUUCCAAUAUCAAUUACGACAACAACAAGAAUAAUUAUCUUUUGGUCAAUCUUACUUUCAUUCUUUUCAUUAGUUGAAAUAAAUCAUGGAGAUUUGAUCUUUUUAGCAAAAAGAUUAGGAAGAUUAUCUGCCAAUUGUUUAUCAUUCACAUUGUUUCUUACAUUGAGACCGUCAUUGUUACCAAAUACAUUAUAUUUAACUUUGUUACCGUUACAUAAAUGGGUAUCUAGAUUGAUCAUUGUUCAAGCUGUCAUUCAUACAAUUAUCUAUUGUAGAUAUUAUCAAUUUAAACAUUCACUUCAUAAGAUUUUUAGUGUGGCUAAUUUAUAUGGAUGGGUUGCAUUAAUGGGAUUUAUAAUUAUAAUUAUAACUUCAAUCCUGAAAUUUAGAAAUAAAUGGUUUAAAGUGUUUUAUUUCAAUCAUUAUAUAUGUAGUUGGAUAAUUGUUUUAAGUUUACAAUUUCAUGUUAGACCUUUAAAGUUUACACCAUUUACAAUCAUUAAUAUUACUAUUCUAGUAUAUCAGAUCAUUUAUCGAUUAUUAAUCACCAAGACAUCAGAAAUUGGUGAUUUUAAAGUUAUUGAUGUCUCCCCUAAUCUUUCAUUAAUUGAAUUCCCUAAUAAUUUAAUAUCCAAAAAGGCAAACAAACCAGGUGCUCAUAUAAGAUUAACUAAUUAUCAUCCAAAUUGGUUAAUUAGAAUCUAUAAACAAUAUCUAAUUCCAAAUUAUCAUCCAUAUACAUUAGUUUCAUUACCACAAGAUAAUUAUCAACGAUUAAUUAUUAGAAAGAGUAAAUUCAUAUUUGAUAAUUCUCGAAAAUAUUCUUUAACUGCUAGUUUUGAUCCAUUUUUAUUAUUUAUAACGAAUUCAAAUAAGAAUUUCACAAUUUCAAAAUUAUCAAUUAAUACUAAAAGAAUAUUAAUUGUCAUUGGAGGUUCAGCUAUUUCAUUUGCAUUACCUUUGUUGAGAGUUAUGAAUUAUCAUGGAAUACCGGUGAAGAUUAUCUGGGUUAUUAAAGAUUAUCGAGAUUUAAUUAUUUUGAAAUAUUUUGAUGGAUUUAUUCAUGGUCAAGAUUUUGAAAUAUUUAUUACUGGUGAUAAAGAGAUUCAAAGAAGACAAAGUUAUGCAUCAUUUUUUAGACCAAAUAAUCAUAAUGAUCUUGAAUUUGGAAAUGAAGAUGAAAAUACUCCAUUGAUUGAUCAAUGGUGGGAAGAAAUAAAUGAAGUUCCAGGUAGUUUACAUAAAGAAAAUCAAUUGGAAACGGUAGAAAUAAACAUCGAUGAAUAUGAAGAAGAAGAAGAAGAUGAUGCAUGUACUCGCGAUUUCCAAUUUCUGAAUUCAAAUGAAACUGAUGAAGACGAAGACGAUUAUUAUCAUCAUGGAGGAAGGUCACAAGAAUUCGAGGUUGCUUUUGACUCACCUUCUCCAGAUAUGAUCCCUUCAUCAUCUUCGGUAUCUCCAUUACAAAAAGAUUCAUUAAUACCAAUAGGGAUCCAUUCUCACCAAUCAAGUACAAGUCAUAAUAAUCAUUCUGAUGCAUUAUCUAGAAAAUCAAGUGUAAAUGAACCAUUUCAACUUCCAACAUCAACUACGGUAUUUUCAAAUUGGCAUUUACAAUUUAAGCAAACGGUUAAAUUAUUGAAAUUACAAAAUAAAAUCUAUAAAGGUAGACCAAAAUUAGGUCAUAGAUAUUAUAAUUGGUGUAUUAAUGGUGAAGGGUUUACUCAAUGUUUAGGUCCAAUAUUAGAUGCAAAUAAUAAUUUUGUAUGUUGUAAAGAUGUUUUGGGUGCAAAUAAAAAAACUGAAUUACCUAAAGGAAAUACUGAAGAUGUUUGGGUUAUAUCUGCUGGACCAAGAGGAUUAGUUGAUAAUGUGAAGGUAUGGGCUAGUGAAAAUGGUUUGAAAUUCCAUGAAGAAGCUUUCUAUCUGUAG